UGUUGGGCCGGCCAUGUUGGAAUCUGAAGUCUGUUUGCUUUCUGAAGCUACUGAGUGACUGGGUAUUUUGGAGUGUAAUAUAGCUAUCAUUUGUUGGUACUUCAAAGGUUUGAGUUGGCUAGGCAUUCUAACCGAGAAUCAGCCUUCUUUAGACGUCAAGUUGUCUCAUAUUUCAGCGGGAAAAUGAGCCCAACCGACGCUAAACGAGGAGCUAAGCGCAGGAAGAACAAGCGGGGCGGUGGCAGUAGCUGCAGUAGCACAGUCAGCAGCAGUAGUGGAAAGGCCGGCGCUCUAGCCACGGCCCGAAGUUCCCAAGCUGCGGGAACACCCGCCUCUGUCAUGGGCUUGUUGUCAGCAGGAAGUACUGGAAACGGCAAUCCGGGAGGCAUCAUGGGCCUGAACGGAGAGUUUACCCCCUGGCUUGGUGGAGUCCUCUCUCUUCCUGGAGGAGACGACAGGAAGGGGACCUUGUUCUCACCCACGCGGGGCCUUUCUGAAGCCCAGCCCUCGUUCCCCGCUUCGGAACAGGUUACAGUAAAUGGCACACAGUUUUCAGAGGGCCCAGUGAAUUCUGACUUCUCAGGAGUCAUGCAGAGCCCGUUCACCUUCGGGCUGGGCCAGAGGGCGCCGUACUCCUCCGGCGAUCGCUGCCUGCUGUGCCGCGGCGAACGCAAGGACGCCUCGCUCCUGGACGCGGGGGUCCUGGGCUCCAACGGGGCCUCCCUCUCGCCCCCCGCCAAAGCCAACAGUGUGCUCCAGCUGCCCCUGUGGGUGUGUCCCGACUGCCGGCGAACCGUGGAGAAGGAGGAGCGGCACGCCGCCCUGGAGCAGUCGCUGGGGAAUCAGGACUUCCUGUUGCACAUGCCCGUGGCGCAGGAGCCCGGCGGCAUGCAGGCGCUCCCGCCGCCCGACCCCAGCGUGGCCCCGCCUGCCGACACGCCCUGCAGCUGCGAGGCCUGCAGCGAGCGGAGGGACAUUUCGGCCGAGUCAGAGAGGGAGUCUCAGCAGCUGCAGAACUACUGGUCGGAGGUGCGCUACCUGGUCCGCUGCAUUUACCGACAGACGGGCACGCCUCUGGCCGACGACCACGACCAGCCCCUGGAGCGGGACAAGGAGGGCAUGAGGGAGCUGGUUGACAGGCUGUGUGAGAAGGACCCGUACCAGCUGUACCAGCGGCUGGAGCAGCAGGCGCGGGAGUACGUGCUGGAGAUGAAGGUUCGGCUGCUGAAGCACCUGUCGGCGGGGUCCAAGGGGGCGUCGGCCGUGCAGGGCCCUCCCCAGGCGCACCAGUUCAUCUCCUUGCUGCUGGAGGAGUACAGCGCCCUCUGCCAGGCGGCCCGCACCAUCAGCACCUUCCUCCUCACGCUGGAGAGGGAACACCUCCACAAGUUCCAGGUGACCUGGGAGCUGCACAACAAGCACCUGUUUGAAAACCUGGUCUUCUCAGAGCCCAUCCUGCACAACAGCCUUCCUGCUCUGGUCUCGCAGCUACGGCACGGGACCGCCUCCCACGACUCGUACAGCGAGGACAUGUACCGGGCCCUGCUGGAGAGGUACCACCAGCUGGACCAGGAGAUGAACGUGGUCGCGGUCGAGUGGCUGGAGUGCGAGAAGCGCAUCGACGACUACGUCGACGAACAGCUGCUUUUUAAGGUUGAAGGACAGAACCAUACCAACCAAAGGACAGAACCUCACAAGUCAUUAAUUAGCAAAAAUAUGUCAUUAAAAACGAAGCAGAGGCUGUUGAAAGAAGACUGGGAAUUCUUUAAACAGAGAAGAUUUAUCGAAGAACAGCUAACAAACAGUAAAAAGUCCCUGACAGCUGACAGUAACUUCACAGACACUAUGAGACAGAUGCUGUCAUCUCGGCUCAGCAUACCGGACUGCCCAAACUGUAAUUACCGAAGACGGUGCACAUGUGAUGACUGCAGCCUGUCGCACAUCCUGACCUGCGGGAUCAUGGACUCGCCCAUCGCCGACGACGACCUCCACGUCAAGCUGCCCCUGCAGCCAGAGCCGCACCCCCCCAGCAUAUCCUCUGCCAGCUCCGCCUCUGGCUCCGCCUCCGGCUCCAGUUCACCGGUCAUCACUGUCCAGCAGCACCACCCAAACCUCCUCCUCGCGGACAGCUGCCCCGCCCCUGCCUUCGACGACGACGACGAAGUGCCUCAGCUGUCCGCCAAGUUCGCCGACAUCUACCCGCUGAGCGGCUACGAGGACGCGGAGGUGGCGGCCGGCAUGAACGGGAUCCACGGCGACCUGAACGGCGGCGGGGAGAACAUGGCGCUGAAGGACGAGUCCCCCAGGGGGAGCAGCAGCAGCUCCUCUGAGGCGGACGAUGAGGAGGCAGAUGGGGACAGCAACGGGGAGCCUCCGGGCCCACAGGGGGCGCUGCCGCCGGGGAAGAGGAACUCCACCAAGCAGCAACUGCACACCGACAGCCCUCCCCCAUCGUACCCCCACCCGCAAGUGCAGAACGGGGCGGCACAGGCACAGCACGCGUGCGAGUGUCACGUGUGCAGCCAGGAGGCGGCGACCCUGCCCCCCGGCAGGCCCCACGGGGCCCACCAGUUCUUCGCCGAGAAGACGUCCCACCCCGCCCUGCACCUCUACCCCCACAUCCACGGCCACCCGCCCCUGCACAGCCCCCUGUCUCACCUCCCCCGGCCCCUGCUGCACCCCACCCUGUACUCCAGCCCCCCCCUCGCGCGCGGAAAGACUCUCCUGUCAGCUCCCACGUCCAAUCACAGCGGCGGGAAGCACCAGGUGUUCACCCCGCCCCUGCAGGAGCACGUCCUUCAGAACUGCCUGGGCGGCGGUGGGGGCGGGGCCGGGGACUGGAACGCCUCACUGCACUGCCCCUCGCUCAAGUUCGAGAACAUCUGGGACACCAACGUGAUGAAGAACUGGAACCCCGCCAUCUUCUUACAGGAGCCGCUUCCAGGUGACAUCCUGGGUCCCACUCUUCCAGAGGUCCCUUUGCCGUCGCCCGGCAACGAGCCCAGCACGCCCCCGGAGACCAAGGAGAAGAAGAACACGGCCAAGAAAAAGUGUCUGUACAACUUCCAGGAUGCCUUCAUGGAAGCCAACAAAGCGGCCAUGGCCACGUCGUCGGCAACCUCGCCCGUGUCCUGCGCGGCAACCACUGUCCAGUCAAGUGAAGUCUUUCAUAAUGUAGGUAAAGAGGACCACAGACACCUGACCCCCGUCGCCCCGCGGAACAGCCCCACGGGUCUGGCCUCCCUGCCCCCCCUCCCCGCCCCAACGCUGCCCCCGGCCCCCUCCGCACACCUCCCCGGCAUGGGGCCCCAGCACUACCCGAAGGCGGGCCUGCUGGCCCCCAGCUUUCUGGAGGCCCACCACCAGAUGGCAUGCCCCUCCUCCGUCGACUCGGCCCCCGCCCUGGCCGAGGGCCCGGCCAGCGCCCCCCCCAGCGUGUGCAGCGACCCCGACUGCGAGGGCCACCGGUGCGAGGGGAACGGGGCCUACGACCACCAGCCCUACGACGGGGAGGAGAGCCAGGACGAGGACAGCUGCUCCGAGCACAGCUCCAGCACCUCCACCUCCACCAAUCAGAAGGAAGGAAAGUACUGCGACUGCUGCUACUGCGAGUUCUUCGGCCACGGCGGGCCCCCGGCCGCCCCCACCAGCAGGAACUACGCGGAGAUGCGGGAGAAGCUGCGCCUGCGGCUGACCAAGCGCAAGGAGGAGCCGGCCAAGAAGGACGAGCCUCCGCCCGAGCGCGACGGCGUGGAGGACCACCGCAAGGUGGAGGACCUGCUGCAGUUCAUCAACAGCGCCGACAGCAAGCCCGCCAGCAGCUCCAAAGCAGCCAAGCGCGCCCGGCACAAACAGAAGAAGAUGGAGGAGAAAGCCCGGCAGGAGGCGGAGGCGCGGGAGAGGGAGGAGGAGCAGAGGCAGAGGGAGGCGGAGGAGGAGGCGCUGAAGCAGGAGCUGCUCCGGCUCCAGGAGCUCCAGCAGCUCAGGGCAGCCAAGAAGAAGAGGAAGGAGAAGGCCAGGGAGACACAGAGACCGGCCCCCCAGAACCCCCAGCCCCUGAAGGAGUCGGCGCAGAACGUUCUGGAAAACCUGCGGAACGGCAAGACUGCACCGCUGCUGCAGAGCCUCCUCACCGCCCUGCCCAACGGCCACAGGGUCGCCCGGCCCCCCUCCUCCCCACAGGCUCCGCCCCACGGCCACAGGCCCGCCCACCCCCCCUCCUCCCCGCACGCCCCGCCCCACAGCCACCGAGCCGCUCAGUCCCCCUCCUCCCCGCAGGCCCCGCCCCACGGCCACAGGCCCGCCCAGCCCCCCGCCUCCCCACAGGCUGCACCGCACAGGGCCACCCAGCCCCCUGCCUCCCCACAGGCCCCGCCCCACGGAGAGGCCAACGGCAAGCCCAGGGCCAAGCAGCAGCCGACGGCCAGGCCCACCCUCGACGCGCCCAAGCGGCCCGCAGAGCCGGUCGCGAAGCCCGCCAACGGCCCGCAAACAGAGCCCAAGCCCGGGCCCCGCCCGAGCGAGGACCCCGCCCCCGAGCGCCGCGAGCUGCCCAAUAACGUCAGAGAAGAGAGGACGGCCCCGCCCAAACCCGAGCGAGAGACCACGCCCCCGCCAGAGACGCCGCAGCACAACGGCAGACCCGCCACCGCCGAGUCACCCCAGCCCAAAGGAAAGGCCCGGAAGAACAAGAAGAAGAAGGGAGAGAAAAGCAGCAACUCCAUCGAUGACGUGUUUCUGCCCAAAGACAUCGAUCUUGACAGUGUGGAAAUGGACGAGACGGAGCGGGAGGUGGAGUACUUCAAAAGGUUUUGCUUGGAUUCUGCCAGACAGACGAGACAACGGCUGUCAAUCAACUGGUCCAACUUCAGCCUGAAGAAAGCCACGUUCGCCGCCCACUGACCGCCCCUCGCCCCCCUUCCCCCGAAACGACAAGACUUUGGCGGGAAGAACUCGCCCCGGACGGCCUCGCAAACACGCGGGCCGACUCCCCCUCCCCACAACGCCCCGCCCCCCGGCCUGGAGCCGCCGCUGCCUUGCCACGCCCCUUUCGCUGCGAUCCCAGGAAACACACCUGGCCCGACGGCCCUCCCUGCAGAACUGUGUAAAAACAAAACAAAAAAAAAAAAAGACGAAAAUGAAACAAAAACUAAAAAAGACAACUAAACGCUACUUCCUACCUGAAUUUGUUUGCUUGUGUGCUUUCAGUCUGUGAGUGGGAUGUUUUUUUUCCUCCUGGCUCGACCCAGGUUCCGAAUUUAAACACCCUGGCUUCUCUUUGGCUUAUCGUCUGUCCGGGCUGCUUAAUGUAUUUGGAUGAAGGCCCCCCCUCAAAGGCAGACGCACAAAGAGAUUAAUUUAUUUUAAAAGAAUGUAAAACGGAAAAACAAACAAACAAAAAAAAAAAAGAAACAGCCUUCGGUUCACGGUCAUUUUGGCUUCUGUUGCACACGCACACGGCACGGCACUGCGGCCUGAUCGCUAACGCGGAAGUGGGCUUGCUCAGAAAAAAACCGCUCUAGUCCCGGGUUACUAUGGAGAGUGGGGCUGGGGGGCCAGCUAAUACUUGAGAAUUGUUUUUUUUUUUUUUUUUCACCCCCCCUCCUUCCCUUUCCCAUUUAAAAUCCACCUUUAAAGUGUACAAGAUACACAGUUUUGUUUUUUUUCCCCCACUUCCUUUUUGACCUGUAGCCAGCUUGUAUGAGAAGACUUUCAGAAGGAAUUUGAGAAAAGAACAAUACUCACACUGUCGAUCUGUUAUAGAGUGUAUAUUGUAUUAACACUGAAGCCAAACUGGCUACUUUUUAACAUAUUGUUAAGUAAUAUUAAAAAUCUUGUCUUUCUUUUUGAAAGAUGGAAUACAGUAGUAUGGCAAGAAA